UUUGAGAGCCGCGGGGACGCAGGCUGGUGAAGGAUGCACGGCCUUCCCCGCGCUCUGUCCGCACGCCCGGCCGCCUGAGCCCUGUCCUGCCUGCCCCGCAGCCCCCCGGACGACCCCAUGACGCGCGCGCCCGGCCUCCUGGCGACCCUGCUGGGGCUGGGGCUGGGGCUGGGGCUGGGGCUGGGGCUGGGGCUGAGCCCGCUGGGGGCGGGGGCCGCGGAAUGCGGGUCCCUCAGCAGCGCACAGCGCCUGGCGUUCGCCCCGGCGGCCAGGGUCCACUGGCUGGCCCCUCGCGUCCGCCCGCCGGGGGCCCUGAACCCCCUGUACGGCACGGUGCGCCGCUUCCUGUCCGUGGUGCAGCUCAACCCUUUCCCCGCCGAGUUGGUAAAGACCUUGCUGAAUGAGCCAGCCUCGGUGAAGGUGGAUGAGGUGGUGCGGUAUGAGGUGGGCUAUGUGGUGUGUGCGGUGAUCGCCGGCCUCUACCUGCUGGCGGUGCCCAUUGCUGGCCUGUGUUUCUGCUGCUGCCGCCGGCGCUGUGGGGGCCGAGUGAAGACGGAGCACAAGGCCACGGCCUGCGAGCGAGGCACCCUCAUGGCCUUCCUGCUGCUGACCACCCUCGUGCUACUGACUGGUGUGGUCUGUGCCUUUGUCACCAACCAGCACAUGCAUGAGCAGAUGGGCCCAAGUGUGGAGGCUGUGCCUGAGAUUCUGCUCAGCCUCCGGGGCCUGGUCUCCGAUGUCCCUCGGGAGCUGCAGGCUGUGGCACAGCAGUUCUCCCUUCCCCAGAAGCAAGUCUUGGAGGAACUGGAUGGGGUCGGCAUGAACAUUGGGAGCACUAUCCACACCCAGCUCAAGAGCACUGUGUAUGAAAUGCUGGCCUCAGUGAGCAGCCUGGGCCAGGCCCUGCAGGUCUCUGUGGAUCACCUCCAAGCCCUGAACAGCACGUUGGUGGAGCUGUGGAAGGGACAGCAGGGCCUGGAGCCCUCCGUCCAGGAAUGCCGCAAGCGCCUCCUCGGCCUGCUGGAGGAGCCCAGCUGCCAGGGCUGCACCGAGGCCCAGAACCGAGCCCGUGCCCUGCAGCUGGGAGCUGACUUCCACCAGGUGUCCCCCAUGGACGAUGUCCUGCAUCGGCUGAAGGGCGUCCCAGAGGCCAACUUCUCCAGCAUGGUCCAGGGGGAGAACAGCACAUUCAAUGCCCUCCCGCUCCUGGCGGCCUUGCAGAUGGCCGAUGUGGUCAAAGAGCUGAAGAAGGUGGUGGCCCAGAAGCCUGAAGGGCUGAAGACACUGGCCGAAGAGUUCCCAGGGUGGGAGGCAGCUGCUCGCUGGAGCCAGGCAUUGGAGGAGGUGGAACAGAGAAGCCGCCCCUACCUGCAGGAAGUGCAGAGAUACGAGAAACACAGGUGGAUUUGGGGCUAUGUGUUGUGCUCCGGAGUCCUGUUUGUGGUGGUCUGUAACCUGUUGGGCCUCAACCUGGGCAUCUGGGGGCUGUCUGCCAGGGAGGACCCCAGCCACUCGGAAGCCAAGGGCGAGGCUGGAGCCCGCCUCCUCCUGAUAGGUGUGGGUUUCAGCUUCCUCAUCGCUGCUCCCCUCAUCCUCCUUGUCUUUGCCACCUUCCUGGUGGGUGGCAACGUGCAGACGCUGGUGUGUCAGAGCUGGGAGAGCAAGGAGCUCUACAAGUUUGCAGACACCCCAGGGAACUUGCCCCCGUCCAUGAACUUGUCUCAGCUUCUUGGCCUGAAGAAGAACAUCAGUAUCCUCCUGGCCUAUCAUCACUGCAAGGAAGGGGCUGCGCUCUGGAGUGUCCUGCAGCUCAAUGACUCCUAUGACCUGGAGAAACACCUGAAUAUCAGCCAGUACACUGCCAAGCUGCAGCAGGAGUUGCAGAACCUCAAAGUAGACAUGAAGAAUCUGGACCUGCUGAGCCCAGCCGCCCACCGGGACCUGGAAGCCCUGCAGAGCAGUGGGCUCGAGAAAAUCCACUAUUCCAGCUUCCUUGUUCAGAUCCAGAAGCCCGUGGUGAACACCAACAUGGAGAUGCUGGCGCAGGAGCUGGAGGAACUGGCCCGGACCCAAGGCAGUUCCAUGCUAGGACAGCAGCUGCAGCAGGAGGCCCAACAGCUCCAAAAUCUCUAUCGGGAGAAGGUCCUCCCCCAGGAGAGCCUCGUGGCCAAGCUCAACAUCACGGUCAGGGCCCUGGCAUCUGAAGCCCCAAAUCUCCAGAUGGAGACCUCUGGGGUCUUGGACAAGGUCACUUACCUAAAAGGAGAGCUGCCUACCUGGGCCACCAGUAUCUUGAGGAAUGAAAGUGAGUGUUUCCUGACCCGGGAAGUGGAUUAUUUCUCCCAGUACGUGGCCUGGGUAAGAGAGGAGGUGACUCAGCGCAUUGCCACAUGCCAGCCUCUCUCUGGAGCCCUGGACAAUAGCCGUGUGAUCCUGUGUGACAUGAUGGCCGACCCCUGGAAUGCCUUCUGGUUCUGCCUGGCAUGGUGCACCUUCUUCUUGAUCCCCAGCAUCAUCUUUGCCGUCAAGACCUCCAAACACUUCCAUCCCAUUUGGAAAUGCCUCAGCUCCACCAGCUCGGAGGAGACUCAGCUCUUCCACAUCCCCCGGGUCACCUCCCUGAAGCUGUAGGACCCCAGUGGAACAGGGGUAUUUGCUGGCUGCUAGGUGAUGCCUGGGGCUGCCUGCCUUCCUCCUCCUUUGACUUGCCCUGGACCCGAGGACUUCCGUUGCUUUUGCCUAGAGCCCAGACGGGCAUCAGGCCUGGAUUAGCCUUCAGCUCCAGUUCCCUGACCCCAUGUUGUCUCUUUUCCACCCUCUUCUGCUGAUGAACCCCUUUUUUCAUUCUCAAAAGCACGUUUGACUUUGGUUGAGCUACAAGAGCCGAUGGGUUCUUGCAGGUAUCGAUCCCUUAUCCUCCUUGCUGAAACUCAUUAGCUCCAGGAGGAGCCUGUUUUCUACCUGUUGGAAC